AAAAAAAAAGGUCUUUAGGCCUGUAGAAGGAGCAGAUUUACCUGCGCCCUCAGGUGUUCUCCAGCUUACAACACAACAGGGGCUGCAUCUCCUCUCCCGUGUUCCGCUGCCCAUACCGCACGUCUCUGCUGCAGCUUCUGGAUCUGGUCUCUCUGUGGUGCCUUCUGCGGGGUGGGCCACACCUGGACACAGUGGAUGAUCUGACUAAGCAAAUGACACAGCAACUAGAAGAGAAAGAGAGGCAGUUAAAGAUGUGGAAACAAGAAUUUCAAGAGCGCAAAGCAGAACUGAUGAGGGAAAAAGAUGAGCUGACUAAGCAAAUUAAACAACUAGAAGAGAAAGAGAAGCAGUUAAAGAUGGAACUUGGUAAAAAAAACAAGGAACUGGAAAAGGAAAAAGGGAAGAAUGAACAACUACAUACAGCACAGAACAAAGUUAAAGAUGAACUGGAGAAGCAGAAACAGGAUCUUUUACAGCAGCUUAAAGAAGCUCAGACUGAAAGGGAGAAAAACAAAAAGGAUCUUCAGUCGGUAGAGAACAAAAUGACACAGAAACAAACGUCUGAUAAAAAAGAAUCAUUUUUUGGAAAGAAAGAAGAAUUACUACAAACCCAAUGGAAACUGGAUAAGAAAAAGAAAAAAUAUGAAAGACAGCUACUGAACAUUGAAAAGGUUUUGGAACCUAUAGAGAUUCAGAUGGCAAGAGAAAUAAAAUGAACUAAUUAAACUUUUUUAAAUGUAAUAAUAUGAGAACCCCAAACCCAU